AGCCGCCGACCCUUUGAGCGGAGACUAUGGAGGUACAGGAGGAGGACCCAAAGGGAGAGGAGGAGGAGGAGGAGAAGUCUGAGAAGAUUGCUUCAUGGUUGAAAAAGAUUUUUGGUGAUCAGCCCAUUCCGAAAUAUGAAAUGAAUCCACGGACCACAGAUAUCUUGUAUCAUCAUUCAGAAUGUAACAGAGUACGAGACAGGGAUACCUCCUUGGUAAUAGAAGACUUGAAACAGAAGGCAAGAGAAUAUGAAUCAGAAGCCAGAUAUCUCCAAGAUCUUCUCUUGGAAAGUGUCAAUCUGUCCUUCACCAGUCUCUCUAGUAUCAGAAGCAGCUAUCUUAAUGCUUUGGUUGACAUUGCACGAGUGCUUGAAACAAAGGAUACCUCCCUAGCUAGUUUUAUCCCUGCAGUGAACAGUUUGACUGCUGAUCUUUUUCGUACCAAGAGCAGAAAUGAAGAAAUGGAGCAUGAAUUAAGCAAACUGGGAAAAAAUCUAACUGCAACUCUAAUGCUAGAAAAAUGUCUAAGAGAGGACCUCAAGAAGGCAGAGCUGCAUCUUUCCAUGGAAAAAGCCAAAGUUGAUAGUCGAAUUUCAAAUAUGGAUUUUCUAAAAGCCAAAUCUGAUGACCUCAGAUUAAGAAUCAAGAUUGCAGAGGAGCAACUUUCAGCUCGAGGGAUGGAUGCUUCUCUCUCUCCAUUAUUGACACUUUCAGAGAAACUGGCUGAACUCAAACAACAGACUGCACCUUUGAAGAAGAGAUUGGAAUCUUAUUUAGACUUAAUGCCGAAUCCUUCUCUUGCUCAAGUGAAAAUUGAAGAAGCCAAGCGAGAACUGAAUUCUGAGGAUGCUGAGCUCAAAAUGAAGGUGGACAUGAUGGAAUUGUUACCAGAUCAAAGUAAGCGUCGAUUUACCUAAUAAGUGAAGUGAAUGGAAAAGGACUUUAAAAUUUUGAGUGUAUUUUUUGUCUGCCUUCCCUAAUACCUUAUUCCUAUGUUCUUUGCAUGAAAUGAUAGUAUCCUUAUUUAUUUUUAAAAAAAAUCCCAAUAUGUAUUGCCUUUUUGUAUCCA